GACACCAUGCGGCUCCAGGUCUCCUUCUUGGUUUUCCUGAUCCUCGCCUUCUGCCAAGAGCUUUGCUCAGAACCAAGUAAAGUACACAGAAAGCCCUUACCAGCGAUAUGCAAACUUCCUAUGGAAAAGGGUGAGUGCCGAGCCUCCAAACUGCGAUGGCACUAUAACAUCAAAUCCGGCAAGUGCGAGCGGUUUAGCUACGGAGGCUGUGGAGGCAACGAAAACAACUUUCUGAGCAGAAAUCAGUGCCGGUUAGCCUGCAGACGUCCCUGAUGUGUCAAGCCUGGACAGCGCUCCAUGAAGCCAACCUCCCUAGGGGUCCCCUAAGG